CACACAUUGGCAGUGGUAGUGUUAGUGUUUCAAAGAGGGAGAGAGGAUAGCAGAGCUCUCUACUAAACUAACUACAUCCACUCACCACUGACUGUAUAUUUACAGUACUUAAGCACCCUGGAUCAACAUCCCUUCAACAGCUUUUCAUAGUGGGUGGAAAACAAAUUAUCUUCACAAACGUUCUGAAUCAGUGAACAAUAUUCUAAUCAGUGUAUUUUGUAUUAAAAAGCUGAGACACUGGAUAUGCUUACCACUUGGACAAAAGUACUAGAUUGUGAGAACACUUUAGGAAUAAAUCGGGAAGGCAUUUAAAAAGAAUAAACUGUCAUUCUGAAAUGUGUUGUAUCUGACGGAUCUACUUUGGGAUUGCAGUGGAUUUUCUCAAAAGAAAGGAAACUUGACAAGAUGCUGGGCUGAGGAUGCAGUCUCUCCUUUAAAUACGUGGAAACAGGGCUGGAGUUUUCUUGUCCAUCCAUAGGGAUGUAUUACUAUAACUAGUGCCCUUUAAAAUACUAUGAAUCUAUUUUGCGCGCCUGCUUUCAGAUUGGAUUCAUUCAGACAUUAAGAACUGUAUAAAAAACGAAAACGGUUCCCUUUUUUAAUUAACAUAAUAAUUUAUCCAGGAUUGUUUUAAUAUGAUAGAAUGGGUCUGCUACUAGUCAUUCUUGUUUCUGGAUUACUUUUUUUUCAAGUGAACGGAUCCCGCCUUCGUCAGGAGGAUUCCCCCCCUCGGAUAGUGGAACACCCCUCUGACCUCACUGUCUCCAAAGGAGAGCCCGCCACUUUGAACUGCAAGGCAGAAGGCCGGCCUACCCCCACCAUCGAGUGGUAUAAGGAUGGCGAGCGGGUGGAGACGGACAAGGAUGAUCCUCGCUCCCACCGUAUGCUGCUUCCCAGCGGCUCACUCUUCUUCCUCCGCAUCGUACACGGCCGACGCAGUAAACCGGACGAGGGGAGUUACGUCUGCGUAGCCAGGAACUAUCUGGGGGAAGCUGUGAGCCGUAAUGCAUCGCUGGAGGUGGCAUUGUUGCGGGAUGAUUUCCGACAGAACCCCAUGGAUGUUGUUGUGGCUGCUGGAGAACCAGCAAUUUUGGAAUGCCAGCCCCCACGUGGUCACCCUGAACCAACCAUUUACUGGAAAAAAGACAAAGUGCGCAUUGAUGAUAAAGAAGACAGGAUCACAAUCAGAAGUGGAAAGCUGAUGAUCUCCAACACCAGAAAGAGUGAUGCAGGCAUGUACAUCUGCGUAGGGACCAACAUGGUGGGAGAAAGAGACAGUGAAACUGCACAACUAACAGUGUUUGAGCGGCCUACGUUUCUGAGGCAACCGAUUAACCAGGUGGUCCUUGAGGAAGAGCUGGUGGAGUUUCGAUGUCAGGUGCAGGGGGACCCGCAGCCCACUGUGCGCUGGAGGAAAGAUGACGCUGAUCUACCCAGAGGACGCUAUGACAUUAAAGAGGAUUACAUGCUUCGCAUUAAAAAGGCUUCCAGCAGCGAUCAAGGUACCUACACAUGUAUUGCUGAGAACCGUGUUGGAAAAGUGGAAGCUGCUGCAACUCUUACAGUCAGGGCUCGCCCUGUUGCUCCUCCUCAGUUUGUGGUCAGGCCAAGAGAUCAAAUCGUUGCGCAGGGUCGAACUGCAUCCUUUCCCUGUGAAACAACGGGAAACCCUCAGCCAGCUGUCUUUUGGCAGAAAGAGGGCAGCCAGAAUCUACUGUUCCCAAACCAGCCCCUCCAGACAAACAGUAGAUUUUCAGUUUCCCAGAGUGGAGACCUCACAAUCACCACUGUUCAACGAUCAGAUGCUGGAUAUUACAUCUGCCAGGCUCUUACUGUUGCUGGCAGCAUCUUAGCAAAGGCCCAGCUGGAAGUCACUGAUGUGUUGAACGACAGGCCCCCACCCAUAAUCCGCCAAGGACCAGCUAAUCAGACUCUAGCAGUUGACAGUUUGGCUUUGCUAAAGUGCCAAGCCUUAGGUGACCCUAUUCCUACCAUCAGCUGGUUAAAGGAUGGUUUGAGUCUCCUUGGAAAAGACUCUAGGAUGUCUCUACAGGACCGAGGAAGCCUUCAAAUCAAAAACAUACGGCUCUCCGAUUCUGGCAUCUAUACCUGUGUGGCUGCAAGUUCCAGUGGGGAAACAUCUUGGAGCGCUUUUCUUGAAGUGAGAGAAUCUGGAGGAGCUACAGUGAGCAAGAAUCAUGAUGUCAAUGAGCUUCCAGGACCCCCGUCCAAACCACAGGUCACGAACGUCACAAAGAACAGUGUCUCGUUGUCUUGGCAAACAGGCAUGACAGGCAGUUCACCUAUCACAUCCUAUGUCAUUGAAGCAUUCAGCCAAUCAGUGAGUAACAGUUGGCAGACAGUUGCUGAUCACGUGAAGAUGACCCAGUUCACUGUGAGAGGACUUAGACCAAACACAAUCUACCUGUUCAUGGUCAGAGCCGUCAACUCACAAGGACUCAGUGACCCAAGUCCAAUAACAGAUCCAGUACGAACUCAAGAUAUCAGUCCACCAGCACAGGGAGUGGAUCACAGGCAUGUGCAGAGAGAGCUGGGGGAGGUGAUUAUACGACUGCACAACCCUGUUGUUCUUACACCAACAACCAUUCAAGUUACUUGGACGGUGGACCGGCAAUCUCAGUUUAUCCAAGGCUAUCGAGUGAUGUACCGGCAGACUUCCGGCCUGUCCUCUCCUUCCAGCUGGCAGGGUACUGAUGUGAAAGUACCAACUGAGAGGAGCACUGUGCUGUCCAACCUCAAGAAAGGCAUUGUAUACGAGAUCAAGGUUCGGCCAUACUUCAAUGAAUUCCAGGGGAUGGACAGUGAGUCCAAGUCCGCUCGUACAACUGAGGAAGCCCCGAGUGCCCCUCCUCAGUCUGUCACUGUCCUGACGGUAGGGAACCACAACAGCACAAGCAUCAGCAUCUCCUGGGACCCUCCCCCUCCUGACCACCAGAAUGGAAUCAUCCAGGAGUACAAGAUUUGGUGUCUUGCCAACGAAACUCGAUUUGACGUCAACAAGACAGUGGAUGCAGCUAUUCGCUCUGUGGUUAUUGGCGGGCUCUACUCUGGGAUCCAGUAUCGUGUUGCUGUGGCAGCAAGCACCAGUGCUGGAGUGGGAGUCAAGAGCGAGCCUCAUCCAAUUAUUAUUGGGAAUUUCAAAGAUGUCAUUAUGAGUGGAGCUGGGAGCAACAACAGCAUCACUGAGCAGAUCACAGAUGUUGUCAAGCAACCUGCUUUCAUUGCAGGCAUUGGAGGAGCUUGCUGGGUCAUUCUAAUGGGCUUCAGUAUCUGGCUGUACUGGCGCAGAAAGAAAAGAAAGGGUCUCAGCAACUAUGCAGUUCAGUCCUUCACCUUCACCCCUGCAGUAACCUUUCAGCGAGUGGAUGGAGGCAUGAUGAGCAAUGGGAGCCGCCCAGGAUUAUUAAAUGCAAGUGACCCAAGUUACCCUUGGCUGGCUGAUUCUUGGCCUGCUUCAAGUAUUCCUGGCACCAAUGGGCCUAAUGACCUUGGAAACUUUAGUCGCGGAGAUGCUCUGCCACUGGUGCCAAGCCAAGGGGACAAAUCCGGAACUAUGCUCUCAGACGGAGCCAUCUAUAGCAGUAUCGACUUUACCACUAAGGCCAGCUACAAUAGCCCCAAUCAGAUUCCUCAGGCCACCCCUUAUGCCACCACACAGAUCCUGCACUCCAACAGCAUCCACGAACUUGCCGUUGACCUCCCUGACCCUCAGUGGAAGGCCUCAAUCCAGGCCAAGCAAGACCUGACAGGAUUGGGUUACUCGCUGCCAGACAAAACGUCAUGCAACAACACCCUACUUUUCAUUCCUGACUACCGAUUGGCUGAAGGAUUAUCUAAUAGAAUGCCACACAACCAGUCACAAGAUUUCAGCACGACCAGCUCUCAAAACAGCUCAGAAAGGAGUGGCAGUCUCUCAGGUGGAAAAGGAGGUAAGAAAAAGAAAAACAAAAGUGGAUCCAAACCUCAGAAGACAAAUGGAUCAAACUGGACAAAUGUUCCUCUUCCACCUCCCCCAGUACAUCCAUUGCCUGGUACAGAACUGGACCACUAUGGCGGGGACCAUCAAGAAGGAGGGUAUGGUAAUGAUGGCUGGGGACCCCCUCUUCCAGUCCAGACGUACUUGCAUCAGGGGAUGGAGGAUGAACUGGAGGAAGAAGAUGAAAGAGUGCCAACACCUCCGAUCCGAGGAGUGGCCUCCUCUCCCGCCAUGUCUUAUGGACAACAGUCUACCGCAACCCUCACACCCUCGCCACGAGAGGAAAUACAGCCUAUGCUUCAGGCCCAUCUGGACGAACUGACAAGAGCCUACCAGUUUGAUAUUGCAAAACAAACAUGGCAUAUGCAAGGCAACCCCUAUCCUCCCCAGGCCCCAGCUCCUCCUCUUGGAUACAUUUCCAGUACCCUGCUCUCAGACCUAGAGACUGACAUUCCAGAUGAUGAAGAUGAUGAAGAUGAAGAAGAGGAUGAAGGAUAUGAAAUUGCCAGGCCACUUAGGGGUAUAGAACAUACCCCAGGCUCUAGUAUGGACAAUCUUGACAGCUCAGUGACAGGUUCAAUGGUUAAUGGAUGGGGUUCUGCUUCAGAGGAGGAACAUAACUUAUCUAGCCAUAGGUCUAGCAUAGGUAGCUCCUCUGACGACUCCAUAUUUACCAAUGGCAGCUUUGCCCAGGCGUUGGUUGCUGCAGCAGACAAAGCUGGCUUCAGAUUUGAUGGGACAAGCUUAACCAAAAAAGGUAAAGGCUACUCUUCCUCUCAGAGACCUCGGCCCAGCAGUCCGUUUUCCACAGACAGCAACACCAGUGCAGCUCUCAGCCAGAACCAAAAGGCCAGGCCAACAAAGAAACACAAGGGAGGCAGACUGGACCAGGCACCCAUGCCUCACCGCAGGGAAGGAAUAGCAGACGACUUGCCUCCACCUCCAGACCCCCCUCCAUGCCAGGGAUCCCGGCUGCACUCAGGUUCAGGGCAGAGAGGAAUGGGCAUGGGCGGCUCUGCAGAGAGGAAGGCCAGCUCCCUGGAGAGACAGCAUGUCUCCUGCCUGGAGGAGAAGAAGAGCUCCUUGGAGCGGCAGACCAGGAUGUCUCUGGAACGGCAGAGGCAAGCUCAGGAGCGUGUUGGCUCCACGGAGCGCAGUGAAGACAUGAGGAGACUCCACCAGCAAGCACAUGGAUCAGAAGAGGCACUGGUGCCAUACAGCAAGCCCAGCUUCCCAUCUCCAGGAGGACACAGUUCUUCAGGAACAUCCUCUUCAAAAGGAUCAACUGGACCAAGGAAAGGGGAGGUCACAAGGGGGCCUCACCAACGUAACACCACAGACCUCCCAGAUCUAGGAUACAUGGGAACAAAUGGCCAAGGAGAGUACUCUGGUGAAUUAUAGUAAAUUGAAAAGGAUGCAUCGGUAGCUGCUUCUGACUCCACCAGGUCCACCGAAGUGAUGACACCCAUUGGUGCAAUGAACAUGUACCUUAUUUAUGUACUAUUAGAAAAAAAAAGAAACUGUAAAUGUGAUGUAAAGACACACAGACACACAUAUCCCACAGUUACGCUUAUGUUUUUGUCCUCUGAAACACACCUCCCACCUUAACUAUUUCUUGUCAGGAGAAAGAAAGAAAAGAAAUGUAUUUAAAGACAAAUGAGAAAGAAAAAAGAACACCCUCCAAGACAAAGGGACUUUGUUUUUGUAAAUAAUCUUUUGUUGUUGCAUUGCUAUGCAAAAUCACUUUUUAGCUUUUUUUUCAUAUGAUAUUGUCAGUUUUUAUUGGUCAUUUGUACGAUAUGUGAAUUAAUAGGCUGUGGUGCCAUAAAGUAAUUGUUUUAUUGUAUAACAUUUUUAUUAUAUGUUUAAUGUUUUGCACUGCAAUUUAUUUGGUGAUAAGCACAAAACCGUACCUCCUUGUGACAUGAAGAAAACCAGACUGAAUUUGAAGGGAGUUUACUGUAAACUAAAAAAAAGGAGGUUUCUUUUGGAAAGAGCUGAAUCGUCUUCAACACUAGAAAGGCUACUGUAUUUAAUGGGGCUGGCCUUUCUAGGAUUAAGUAGGCUUGUGACAGACAUGUGAUGGUAACAGAUAAAUCUGGUUCACUACUUAGAGUAGUCUUGGACUUGGAGAGAUAAAAAAGCUGGAAAAAUGGUACCAAAAAGGUGUUUCACUAGAGUUGGUUUAAACAGAGGUUGUUACAAUUAGAACUGCCUGUGGCUUGUGCCUUGUAAUCCACAAAACCCCCUAUUAAAAAAUAAAUUGAAGAUCUAAAGUACAUUUCAAGGACAGUAAUCCAAAAGGGCAUAACACAAUGUUUAAAUAUACCUAUUUUCCCUAUCUGGCACUGUGCAUUGUCACUCCUGAUAUCUACCCAGUUGUUACAUCCUUUUGGCAUGUGUCCCUCAACUUGUCAUAAUAAAGUGAGAUUCACUGUCUCAAAUGCUGCUCUAAAGUAAUAAAAUAAACUAGACUGUUUGAAGAUUGCAGCUGCAGCAGUAGAAUCACCAUUCACUUUACAAAUUAAAAUUGGAACUGAUGCUAUGAACAAAAAAUCUGAUAAGGUACAAGCCCAGAAUAAUGAAAUGUUUUGCCACUAGCUUUAUGUUCCCAUGGCUGUCUUAGGAAAAGGUACAAAUUACAAAUAAAUUGUAUCAAUUAGCCUUGUGGCUUAAAUGAAAGAUGCAUGACCAUUUCUAAUAGUGUAACAGAUCAGUUUCAAGCUCAGAUAUUAUGUCUUGAUUUUAAAUUUCUGGUGCUACUGUUAUAUACCCCUCUCUCUCUCUCUCUCUCUCUCUCUCUCUCUCUCUCUCUCUCUCUCUCUCUCUCUCUCUCUCUCUCUCUCUCUCUUUCUCUCACACACAUUUGGUUUUAAGUAAAUACAUUAAAAUAUUUAGACUUUUACAAAAACUGCUGUAGAUAUUUUGUCCUUAAAAAAACAAAAACAUGGUGCAUCUUUAACAUAGUGUAAUUUUGUGGAAAUGUAUUUAGCUGGAAAAAAAAACAAACAAAAAAAAACCAUUAAUGUCUAUUGAUUGUUCCUUUACACACACAAUAGAAUAUGUAGACAGGUUUAUAAAACCUAAAUGACUGUUUACCCUUUGCUCAGAUUGUUUGCAUGUUUUGUAAUAUUUAAUAAAUUAUACACAGUAUGCUAAACUUGGCAAAAUAACAUUUUUAACAUUGUGGAAAGCUAAUUACAUGGCCUUGUUUAAAAGAAAAGGUGUUUAUGUAUGUCCUUUGAAAUAUAUGUGAGCAUAAAGUGCAUUGUUUCAAAACUGGGUGCCUCAACUGUAAUUUCACUGGAGUAUUUUGAGUGCAUAGUAGUAAUUGUACACGCUGUAUUUGUCUAAAAAACUGUUCCUGUGUCUAAAAGUAAAGCACGUAAUAGCAAUUGAUUGGUACUAUUAUUUAAUGAAGCCCACCACACCCUAUAGUCUUGCACUGAAAAGGGUUGGGAACAGGAGACGUGCUGCAUUAGUAAUUCAAAGAGUAUGGAGGUUAGGCUGCUCUUAGUGAAACACCAUCUGCUCAGUGUGACAGUACAAAUCAGCUCUGAAAAGAAUAUAACUGGGAAGUCCAAAUAAAAUGGUGUCAGUAUUAGGUUUUGACCUAGUUCUAGUAUGUUUACCUGCCUGCUUCUACUAUACAUUGGACUGUGUAAGUGAUCAAUUGUGUAACAUUGUAUUCAUGCCAUCACAAGGCAAGGCUCAUCUGUUUUUAUCACACUGGGGUUGCACUACUGUUUCCAGGUCGCACGCUUUUCAUGUCGGUUGUGUAUUUACCUUUUUUCUUAACAAGAAGCCAAUCUGUCUUAGAAUACUAACGGCUUAAUUCAGAAACAUUGAGGGUUAGUGCUUUCUCAAUAUCAGCAAUCACCAAUUUGGCACACAAGUGAGUAUUGGCACUUAAGUGUUUCUAAUUAUGGGCAUAAGACAAUUCAAAUCAAAACCAUAUAAUUCCCAGGCCCAGUAACCAGGACAUGCUUGGGUAAAAUAUGAAUGUUUAGAUCAAAAGCUCAGUUUGGCUGGAUAUGUCUCUUUGAAAAAUACAGUAUGUACUGCUAUUGAUGCUUUGAUUAGGUUCCCAAUUGUCGUGCCCUUCAUAUGAAUUUAGCAAUAUUUAUGGAUUUCAAUGUAUUUCAGGUCAUCCCACCAAAAUCCUUAGUUAUUUGAUUAGCUAGGUAUUAAGUCUAUACUACAAAGAAAAGACAAUAUUUUACUUAAAAUGACCCUGGUAGCCUAUUGGGCUUCUAUAAAAAUAUGUGUGCGCAUUUUAUGCAUACAUAUUUAUUUAGACAUUACUAUGGCGGUAGUGAUUAUGAACAAUAACGCAAGACAUUGAAGCCAAGUUAAAGUGAAUGCAUCAAAGCACUUAGCUAUCCAUUUUAUGAUUGUUUCUGUCAAUUACUUAUUUUAUUACCACAGAAUUAUUUAAAACAAACACAAGUUUAAAUGCAUGUCUAUAGAAGUGAAAUAUGACAAAAGCACUUGAACAUAAUGUGCAAACCUUCUGUUGGAAAAAAAAUAUAUAUAUAUAUAUAUAUAUAUAUAUAUAUAUAUAUAUAUAUAUAUAUAUAUAUAUAUACACACACACACACACAGUUAAUUAAAGAGAUGAGAUGCACCAGGUAUCUCAGGUUAUUUUAGCAGUCAAAUGCUGCUUCUAUUUUUAUUUUAUAACGGUCUUGGAUUCACUAGCUGUGUCUUUUAAAUUCAGAUUCACAAAGUGGAGACAAAGCAAAUAUUGUGGGAGACAAAGUCAGAUGAAUUGAACAAAUAUCUGUGGCACCCUUGUUACAAAAUGUUUUUUUUGUUUGUUUGUUUUUGAAAUCACAGCAUUGUUUGUUUUGUAUUUAUUAAAUGUUAUACUGUGAUAAAUGAUAGAUGUUAAAUAUACAUUUGUGUAAUGUAAACUGGGUUAGCCAACUGAGAAACAAGAAGAUGUCAGAGGGAUGUUAGCAGUUUACUGAAGGAGUUUGAGCAUUUCUUCUGUUCACUUGAAAAAACAUUCUGUAGCAUCAAGAGCCUCAAAGGAGCUUCACAUUGUGUACUGAAUUUUAACCAUUAGCUUUCUUUUGUUUUUGAACAUAUAUUUUAUAUGAACUUUAGAACUGCCCCCUAACCCCAAAUACUUUGCCUGACAAAACAAUAGGAAAGUGUUCUGCUUGUAAGGAUAAUAGUUCUAUGGCUUUCUCUCUCAUUUGUUUAUUUCAUACAGUAAUGUUGGUUCUUUGUAGUCAUUCUGUGUGUUGACUUUUGCUAAAAGAAAAAAAAAAAGAAAAUGUGUUCUCUGUAAAGUACUGGAAAAGGAUGGAAGCAUCCUAUAGCUGUGUUGCAGUCUUUCAAGUUUGUUCUUUCUGUAAACAAGCUUCUGUACUCACUUGCAUGUGUUUGUCUAAGAAAACUUUUACAAAUUUAGCUCUCAUGUUCUGUACAAUAACUCCAUUCUCCUUGUACCUGGAUCACUAGCAACAAAUAAAAUAUUUUUGAAAAAUGA